AUGGAUGAAACGAACAACCAAGACUUGCGUCUACAAGCACUGAAAUGUAUUGGAUAUGUUCUGUCGACGAAGUCGCAAAGUGAUGUCAUGAAUAUAUUGAACAACGUCGUAUCACAUCAUCUGCGGGGAAUGGAGAACGAAAACGCUGUCCUUUCACAGAGCAAAAUAGAAGAAAUAAAGUUUCAAAUCAGUAUCUUUAUGUGCUUGUUCAGUAGCUUGAACAGCAAAGAAGCUGGACGUUCCGAAGAGUCUCCAAUUGUGUUGAUAUUCCGCCAAGUAUUCCCAGUUUUUCGUAAUUUUCUCGAAUUGAACGAACUACCCAUCGCUGUCGGCGACAAGGUUUGUGAUGCUGUACGCAGCGCUGUCUCAAACUUUCCUGCAGAGCACCUGCCGGAAAUGCUGCCCAUGGUCUCGCAACUGCUUUCUAGGGCUCUUUUCACAAAUCCCUCUGCCGGAUGUACACUAGCAAAAGCUGUAGUAUUGGCACGUUUUACGUCAUUUGCAAUAUUCUGUUCUUUCGCUUUUAUUUUCCAAGUGGACUGGUCUGCAGGUAUUCGGGCACAACGCAUCUACUACUCCACAACUGUGUGUGUGCAUUCGGGAAUGGUUGGAGUCGUUUGCGCAAAGUUUGCCAUCUCAAUCUGUGGAGGAGUGGUUAUCGUUGAUAUAUCAGGUAGGUAG